AUACAGGACAGCCCUUUCAGCAGGGAAGCAUGCUGUUUUGCUUUACACAUAGAAGUCUCCAAGUGGAAAUGUGGAGAUGUUCCCCUCUCCAUCUCCCGUCAUCUGAUAAAAUUAUGUCUGCCCUUAGAGGCAAGGACCUGUCAUGAUAAAAUGCUUUUCAGAGGGGUCUCAAUUUUUUUUUUCCACUAGUAAUCAAUAUACAACUUAAGGUCAUAUAUCCUAACCUUUCUGUACUCAGGGGAGCCAGAAGAAUUGCUUCAAACUGAAAUGUCUACAACUCUUACUAAAAGUCAAACAAAAGCCAAAAUAAAACAUCAGCAGGACCAGAGAGUAUGGCAGUAGUCAAAUAUGACACUGCAAAUAUGACAUCUGGUGUGUAGCAUGUUACAUAAACAGAGACUAUACAAAUACAAUAGAAGAUGAGGAUGGCGAAAGAUAUGACAAAUUUCAUGAAGGGCUCCCAAGGGGACGUGAGAAAUUGAGGCCAAGGUGGGAAAAAAAAGAAAAAAGAAAAGUCAGUAUAUACACAACAUGAUUUGUAUGAAAUGCUGAAAAAGACUCAACAAGAUAUAUAUAUUUUUUUUUCCCAGGGAGAACUUACACUUCCAAAAUCUAGAUGAGCUCUUUGAAGGACUAGAUGACUAAGUCGAUAAGGGUGAUUCGGCUUCUAUCACAGCACUUGAGUCUCCAGAAAGCUUUUGGCAAAAAUCCCUUGUCAGAGGCUCUUAAGGAAGCUGAGUUGUCUAUUCAUACUUUAAGUACAGAAACAAACAGUAGCACGCAUGGUCACUUGCCACAAUGCAGGGAGGUUGCUGUUCUCACAGGGAAUCUGUGCUGUGACUUGAGAAAGCACAAGAUUAACCAAUAAGGGGUACACAAACAGAAAUUUGCUUUGCCAAACCACAAAUUACAUGAGCUCAUUCAAGAUGGUGCUCUCAAUACAGACAAAUACAGUUCUGCAGCAUGUACUGAAAUACAAACUCACUUUUGUUAGAACAUGGUGGUGAAAUCACAGAAUGGCUGAAGCUGGAAGGCAGCUCUGGAAACCACCUAGCCCACCCUGUUGCUCAGGCAGAUUCAGCUAUAGCAGGUUGCUCAGGAUUGCAUUCAGAUGGGUUUUUAAUGUCUCCAAGGAUGGAGACUCAACAGCAUCCGUUGGCUACCUGUGCCAGUGCUUGACCUGCCUCCCAAGAAAGCUCCUUCAGACGUUGAAAUGGAAAUUCCCAUCUCCCAGCCAGUGUUCAUUGCCUCUGCUCCUGUCACCGGGUGCUGCUGAGAAGAGCCUGGCUACAUGUUCUUUCCCCUCCCCCAUGUAUUUAUCCACAUUGAUAAGAUAACCCCCUAGUUACAGUAUAUAUAAUAUACAUAUCAUGCUGAACAGUCCAAGAUCUCUCAGCCCCUCCUCGUACAACAGACGCUUCAGUACCUUUGUGGCCCAUCACUGCACUCACAUCUGUCUUACGCUAGGUCACCUGGACCUGGAUCCAGCACUCACCAGCGUUGAGUAAAGGGGUAGGGUUACCUCCCCUGACCCGCUAUCAAUACUCCUCGUAACACAGCCCACGAUCUCAUUAGCCUUCUUUGCUGCCAGGAACUGCUGCUGGCUCAUGUUCAACUCAGCACCCAACAGGACCACACGUGUCCUUCCCACAAAAGCUGCUUUCUGGCCAGUCGGUCCCCAGCCUGUCCUACUGCGCGGGGUUUUCCUCCCCAGGUACAGGGCUUUGCACUGACUUCUGCUGAGCUUUAUGGUGUUCCUGCCAACUUAUUUCUGAGUAGCAGAGUAACCAUCAGGCAUACGGUCUCCUCCCUCCAGUCUUGCUUUAUUUACAGGCUUCAUGAGACAGCCACCACUUCCUCACUCAGCUGAGUGGUGCCAUCUUCAUCUUGUUAUUCCUUGCUUACAGCCCUCCUCACCAAGCUGGCCAGCCUGUUAACAAAGGAGCUUUUGUCCCAUGCGGUCACUCUUCACACUUUCCCGUUCUCUCCUGGCCGCAUGGUUGGUGACCACAAUGAAGAACAGCAGGGGUAGAGGUCUGAGGGCUGGACAAGCCUUCGCGGUCUCUCUGCAGCACCCCAGACCUGAGCCCCCAGCAAGCAGCCUUGCUCAGAGCUAUCCUGUAACACGCAAAAGGCAGGGGGAUGGUCAAAGGCUUCAAAAGCCAGUGUGGUGAUCUAUAUCAUCUUUAGUAGUGAUUAAGGAAAAUUAGGUCAGAUCUUAUAAGUAAAUUCUUCUGUGUGUGAGUUUUUUUUUUUUUUCCUUUAACUACAGAAAUAUUAGCAUAGGUGAUAGAGGCAAAGGUAUCUCUCCCUGUUUUCUUUCAGACUCCUGGCACCAGCCCACUCCAGCAGCUGCAGAAUGCUCCACACCCUCAAGGCCAGGCACCUUGAAGUAUCAACAACUAAUUCCUAGCGAAGCAGUAAAAAACCAACAACAACACCACACACAGCAACAUUUCGAAUCAACAAAGAAUCAGACCAGGCAUGUACUUCUGUGUAUCAGACAACCAGUGCAUCUGUGACAGCUGUUUACUGGGAAUACUUUCCCAAUUUACAGUAAUUUAAAGAAUAUAAUAUAUUCAGAUUCAUUUGCCUCUCUGAAACACCAAGCCGUAGACACACACACAUCCAAUAUUAACUUACUUGGCAUGUCUGGAAUUGACAGUUCAUAUCAUCAGCAGAUUCUGACUGUAUUGCAUCCUCUCUGCAUUAAUAGAAAAGCAGCAACAGCCUGAGCAUGUCAAUAGAGAAUUGAUCUGAGGAAAUACACUAAAAGAUGCCUUUGAUUAGACCAGUGCUUUGUCUCAUAUUUUAACCAAGCACAGAUUGCAGCCUGCAGAAGAAGUUGAGAAAACCAAUAGCAAUAACAGGAAGUCAAAAAUUACUGAGAGAGAAAACAGAGAGGCUCUGGGACUUCACAGAGAACAGCCACUGGAAAUAAAGUGACAUCUGAUGAUAAAGGCAAGAGACAAAACAAUCGCAUGAUCAACAACUACUGUGCCCUGAUUUCUUCAGAACAAGCAACAAACUGUUGUCUAGAAAAUUCAAAGGCUAAUGCAGGUACCAGGUAUAAAGUAAAUUGCCAGAUGUGGGAAUUGUGAAGGCAAUAGUAGAAUAUCUAAUAACACAGAUGUUUUCUGAACACAAUCAACAACAGAACAAAGGAUAAAAAAAGCAUCCUUGGUUAAAGUUGCACUAAGUAAAAGCUUUGUAAAGUUACACUAAGUAAAAGCACAGAAAAUGCAUUUGCAAAUACUGUUUGUUUGACAUUAUAGAUGCUGAGACAUGGGAAGGGUGACACGAAAGGCACAACGCAAGUUAUGAUGUUUGUGUUACGUGUAUUUGCGAAAUGAGCAUGUAAGACUUAUUGUUGCUUAAAAAUCCAGCGCGCUGAAAACUGACUAUAAGGCACCCUACCUACUGUCAUCCUGUAGCAAAUGAUGACAGCACUUAAUGUCUUAGUUGUACUGGCACUGUCUUUACCACCAGCAUGAAGUCUCCAAGGUCUUUAUACAUCCCCACAAUAUCUACAGUCAUUUACAAUCCUCAGGUAUAGGCUUUAGAUUGCAUCAUCCAACAAAAUCAGGCUCAGAGGUUCCUCAUAUGAACAGUAUGUAUUAAAUGAGCUGUCUGACUCAUAGCUUAAGUGGCAACUUUUAAGAGGAUUUAAUGUAGGAGGAGAAACAUUGGUAUUCUUCUCUGUCAGACUGCAAAAAGCUGGAUGUUGACAUCGAGAAUGCAACAAAAUGCAAAUUGAUUUUUGUUCACAGAAAAAAAGUUAAACCUGUGUGGCUUGCAUUAAAAAUGCAAAGCACAUAUAAAAUGCUGAGUACUUAAAUUCAAAAAGCAAAGAUUAUUUUUCCAGGGCACAUUACAUAAGUUUAUUCUAGGGUGAUGCUGUAUACUGGAGGCAGUCACCCUUUUGCAGCUGAAUUUCAUUGCUACCUUUUCUGUCUCCUCACGCUGCCAGGGGCCUUUCUCCCUUAAGAACUACUUCUUCCCUAUGGAUUACUGUUAUGACCUUGUCACUGCCCCUUCUGAACAGUUCUAUUUUGUACCUUACUUUGACAUACAUCUUUGAACAGGAGCAGGGAUGAUGCAGGCAUCUGAAAAAAGGCUCUCUAGACAAAUUGAACAUAAUUGAUAAUUACCAUGUCCAUUGUGUGCACGCACACAGAUCAAGGAGGGUGAAAAAGCAGGAUUUCCUAACAGUGCUCUUGCAUCUUGAGAAAGAAUUUAGAUCUGGUAACAUUGCUUUGCACUUUGCUCUCUCCCAAGCCAACAGCACCACAGGCUGCCCUACCCUUCAAUGCAUUGUCCUGUAACAUACCCUACUUCUCAUACCUCAGAGAGCUGCUCCUACAGCAGCCAAUGUAGUCUUUGGUUGCACCUCACCCCGCAGAUUCCCUAAAACCUUUGCUCCCUCCCAAUCUCAAUUUACUUCCCAGUUUCUGUGCUGAAGAAACAUCAGGAGAGAAAGUUUCCUUCUGUUCCUGAAUGUUUGCCACAACUGGAAACAUCAUACACAAACCUAUGGAGAGAGGGGAAAAACACCAGCAAAACGUUAGCUUUGUUAGAACUCUCUUUUCUCAAAGCCACAAGGGGACAUUUCCCAAAGAAACAUCUCCCCCUGCACACUUCUCUUUAUAAACUGAGCUAUCAGCCCACCAAACUGCUGGACUGCUAUCCAAGCAAGUCCCUCGCAGGGAACUGGGACACCGAGUCCUCACAGAGGCAUUAGGAUAAUUUCAUUUAGAGCACGGGCUGCCAGGGCAAAGAUCCAUGCUGGAAAGGAAUUACUGCAGAGAAGCGGAGCCAGCACGAGGAGUUUUGUCACCCUGAUGUCCUGUACAGGUACAAGCGUAUGUCCUGCUCCCUGCUGACCCGGCUGCCCUUCUCCAGCAAAAAGAGGGAACGCCCUGCUGGCUGUGACCACCACCAGAAGGGACAUGCAGGUUUAAGCGGUUUUCAACACAAACACCAAGACCUCAAUUUGUAUAUUGAAGCUGCUGAGCAGAGGUAUGUUUUUGUACUUGUAACAAACCUCUGUAUUAAAAGCAGCCCAACAGAGAAAAACUCUAGCUACAAGAGAAUAAAAAUAAUGCAGACUAGAAGCGUAAAAAAUUACUAGUUGACAUCUAAGGUGUAACCUUACUUGUCUAUUCGUAUGACAAAACAGAGCCAGCAUGGCCACAACAAAAGGAGGGCCUAAAUUGCAACAGAAAUGUAAGGACACUGACAACACCCCAGACUUCAUCCCCGAGACUUUUUCCUCAUUAAUACAUAAUACUUCAGCUCCAUUCAAGGACUUCAAGUUGUGUUCUUGUGAUACCAGAUGAUUUGAUUUGCAUUUUUAGUCUGAAAUAUCUUCCUCUGAAAUACUGUUCACUUUACCUCUUGAUUAAAAGUUUGGCCAGUAUUGAACUCAAUGCACAGUGUCACAUAGUGUGCUGUACAAAAAGCCUGGUUAAAAUAAUUACAGUUCUUGAUUAUUUCAUUUUCGAAAAACAGAUUCCUGAAGUCAGGAAUUGCAUAAGACUGCUGGCUAGGUGCACGGGUCUUGCUCAAUGCAAACAGCACAUCAGCUCCGUGCCCUGCUCUACUCCCCCCACCAGCCCCACGCCUGUUCUGGCUGCACAGCAGGACGCACGUAUUCUGCAGGGCGUUUUCCCUCUCCCUGUGCUGGAUGUUAUGCUUUGCUCUCUGAGGAGACACCUUGCCAUCAGGUCCUGGAUGAACUAAUAGUUUCCUGCUGGAAAGGAUACAUUCGCUUUUUUUUUCUUGUCUAGGUUGGCAGUGACUGAAUGAGGCAGUUCUUGAAGCCCAUCCUCUGGCCCCUCGCUGGAGAAGGGAGUGUGUCACUCACAGGCAGAAGUCAGGACAGACAAAGGGCUGUUUGUCCCACAUCUCCCGUCAGCCCUCCCUCUUCUCAUCCCUGCUAGCUCUAGCUCUCUGUGUCUAUCUGAAAAGACACAGCUGCCAAGAAAGUGAAAGAGUGAAGCAGAAGAAAAAGCACUCCUGCCGUGGGAAGCUUUGCAAAAAUGAAAACGCUCUGGGCUCUGCUCCUGCUGAGCACUCUCCUGGGUUCCCACACGGCCCCCUCCCAGCGUCCCUCCUGUUACAAAAGGGCUCUGAAGGACCACAACUGCCACAGCAUCCCCAAAGGCAUGGAGAACCUUCGACGAAUCGAUGGAAGCCUGCAGGAUCACUUUUGGGAAGGGAAGGGCUGUGAGACUGUCUGUUACUGCAACUUCAAGGAACUGCUCUGCUGUCCAAAGGAGAUUUUCUUUGGACCAAAGGUAUCUUUUGUGAUCCCCUGCAACAGUGAGUGAUCAACAUCAAGUCUGCCAGUGAGGACAACAGACAUCAUUCUGCAAUUGCAUAACAACACUUUCAAGGGGAAAAAUAAAGCCGAUGUCAAGCAAAAAUAAAUAAAUUUU